GUCACUUAAUUAUAAUUACUGUGUUUGUUUUGGACAGAACCAUGGGAAAGCAAACUUUCACCAGCCCUUCAGGUCCUGCGGCUCGACGUUAAAGCCGGAGACGAGCGCGUGAGUCAAGGAGAGAAAAGGCCGCGUUCGCGCCUGAUAAGUUGGGUGUGAGCUCCAGUUCGUCGCUGUUUGGGACACAUUGAUCGGAUUUCACAGAUGGGUGUGUGAGAGCAUGAAUGCCAGAUCUUCACAGUCUUUCGUCCUCCGGAUUAUUAGCUAUAAUGAGUUAGUUUGUGCAAAGUUCCCGCGUGGCAUUCCAGCGACGCACGAGGUCGGGCCUCGCGUGUGGAGCCGUUUUCCCAGGCUGCUGUGGAAUGAACACGCAGACAGACUCCGCUUCCCUUUGUGCCGCUGUCACUGCGGCUGCUGUGAAAGUGAUCGUCCCCCGCUUCUGCUGGCAGCGUCGCAUUCUGGUGGAAAACAUGCGCACACAGCCCAAAGUGCGCAAACAGCGUUAAUGCGGUGUUUUUUUUUACCAAAGCACUUCCACUGGACGUCGUUUUGGAAAGUCCAGACCAGAACGUCCCAAUCGCUCCCACUCAUCGACGGAUCCCAUCUGAUUAUUUGUCUCCAGCUUUUAAAGCAGCACAGAACAUCAGAGCGUCCGUGCUGCUUUCAAAGCCUGUGAAUGAGUAUUGGAUUCCUUCUGUAAAUACAUCGACCUGUUUUAUUGAUAUUGUAGUGUAAAAAAGAGCCUUUCCCAGAAAGCGUGAAGCUAAAUAAUGGGUUUGUCCACGUUGUGGCCCAUCAUUUCCUCUACGCACAUCCUCCCGGUGCAUCCGCGUCCCGAUCAAUCAAAGCUUCCACGGUUGGACCCGUUAUCAGUCUUUGAUUUUACCUGCGAUGGCGGCUACUGUAUAUAAGCGCCCGCCACCGCAGGGUCAACACAUCCCUGCAGCUGAACGCAUCCCGCCUCACAGGUACAUCCGCCGACCCGACCAGCCUCCAGCUCCACGUGCUUUCACCCACGCUCUUUACAGGUCGACAUGUCCGGGACCGCCGCGCUGGUGCUCGCGCUGGCGGCCGCGCUGCUGGCGGCCGGCGCGUCCCCCGCACCCGGAGGCCCCGGCGCGCUGCGGGGGCUCCUGCAAACGCAGCAGACGGCGAGGGAGCCGUCGGGCGGACGGGGGCCGGCGCCUCGGGCCGCCCCCGCACGCGCGGAGAGACGGGCGCACCUCUCCGAGGACGAGCGGGGCGUGAUGACCAGACAGAUAGUGCAGGCCAUCUCAGAGAUCAUGAACUCGGACUGCGCGCUGUCGCGGGACUACCAGGGCUGGGUGGACUUCGGACGCCGGGACGCGCAGUGACGCACAACCCGGAGGCGCGCACUUGAAAUUUUCUCGUUUUGCAAAUUUUAUACACAAAACAACUGAUUAAAUAAA